AUGAGCAUGAUCGACGUGCUGACCCGGGUGGACGCCAUCUGUAAGAAGUACGACAGGUACGACGCCGACAAGCACCGGAAUGACGCCGCCGACCCCUUCUCGCGGCUCUACGCCGACAUCGACGCCGUGAUCGACGAAGCCAUGGAGAAAUCGGAGAGGGCCGCGAGGGAGACGAACCGGGCGGCGAAGGUGACCCUCAACGCCGGCGUGCGGCGCACCAAGGCCCAGCUCAUGGAGGAUGUCGUCAAGCUCCAGAAACUAUCCGUCAAGAAGAUGAAAGGGGUCUCGGCGGAGGAUAUGGCGCUGCGGCCUGAUCUGGUCGCCGCAUUGCAUCACAGGAUCCAGUCCAUCCCGGUCCCCGAGGGAGGCGGCGGCGGCGAGGGCGGCGCAGCGGGUCAGAACGGCGCUCGGACAGGGAUUCAGUUCGAUUCUUCAGCUGAAACUUUGGAUGAGGGCUACUUCCAGACCAGCGAAGAAUCUGAGGCUUUCAGAAGAGAGUACGAGAUGCGCAGGAUCAAACAGGAUGAAGGGCUGGACUUCAUUUCCGAAGGCCUGGACACGCUGAAAAACCUAGCAGAGGACAUGAGUGAGGAACUGGACAGGCAGGUUCCCUUGAUGGAUGAAAUUGACAAAAAGGUGGAUAAAGCUAACUCCGAGCUAAGAAAGACUAAUGUCAGGCUUAAAGAAACAGUUAACCAGUUUCGAUCGACCAGGAACUUCACAGUUGACAUCAUACUGAUCUGUGUCAUUCUUGGCAUUGGUGCUUAUCUCUACAAUGUGCUCUCCCAGUGA